AUGGCUGAGCUGCAAUAUAUGAUGGAAAUGUCUCAACACGAAAUGUCUCAACACCAAAUGUCUCAACUCCAAAUGUCUAAACACGAAAUGUCUAAACACGAAAUGUCUCAACACGAAAUGUCUCAACUCCAAAUGUCUAAACACGAAAUGUCUAAACACGAAAUGUCUCAACACCAAAUGUCUCAACACGAAAUGUCUCAACACGAAAUGUCUCAACACGAAAUGUCUAAACAUGAAAUGUCUCAACAUGAAAUGUCUCAACACGACAUGUCUCAACACGAAAUGUCUCCACACGAAAUGUAUCAACACGAAAUGUCUCCACACGAAAUGUCUCAACACGAAAUGUCUCCACACCAAAUGUCUAAACACCAAAUGUCUAAACACGAAAUGUCUAAACAAGAAAUGUCUCAACACGAAAUGUCUCAACACGAAAUGUCUCCACACGAAAUGUCUCAACACGAAAUGUAUCAAAACGAAAUGUAUCAACACCAAAUGUCUCAACACCAAAUGUCUCAACACGAAAUGUCUCAACACCAAAUGUCUCAACACGAAAUGUCUAAACACCAAAUGUCUAAACACGAAAUGUCUCAACAAGAAAUGUCUCAACACGAAAUGUCUCCACACGAAAUGUCUCAACACGAAAUGUCUCAACACGAAAUGUCUCAACACGAAAUGUCUCAACACGAAAUGUCUCCACACGAAAUGUCUCAACAUGAAAUGUCUAAACACGAAAUGUCUCAACACGAAAUGUCUCAACACCAAAUGUCUCAACACGAAAUGUCUCCACACGAAAUGUCUCCUCACGAAAUGUCUAAACACCAAAUGUCUUCACACGAAAUGUCUCAACACGAAAUGUCUCAGCACAAAAUGUCUCAACACAAAAUGUCUCCACACGAAAUGUCUAAACACGGAAUGUCUCAACACAAAAUGUCUCCACACGAAAUGUCUCAACACCAAAUGUCUCAACACCAAAUGUCUAAACACGAAAUGUCUCAACACCAAAUGUCUCCACACCAAAUGUCUCAACACCAAAUGUCUCAACACGAAAUGUCUCCACACCAAAUGUCUCAACACGAAAUGUAUCAACACCAAACUACCUGA